AUGGACGUUUUCCUUGGUGGAGACGAGUCGUGUGACUCGAAGGUCAGCGACUCAGUGCCACCGAACUGUGAUGAGUUCAGCAACGAAUCAACAAAAUUGUCGUCUUCGGUGCAAAUCGACGAAACUCAGUCGGAACCACCUAAGAAAGUCUCGAAGCAAGAAGUGAUCAAGCCAAUCGUCAAGAGCUCAUCAUCGCGGGUGAUUACAACUGAUACUACGCACAUGCACAUCGAGCCAAGUCAUAUUAUCGAAUACGAAUGGCCAGUGAAAUCAGGCGAACGUUUCUUCAUUCAGGAGCAAAUCGCAGAGCUGUUGGACGUGAAGUCGUUCAAACGGAAGUAUCCGGAUUUGUGCCGACACAUGAUCGAGAUGAACGAACGCGAGCAUCUGUUGUGCAGUUAUAAAUUGGCAUCGGUCAUCAACGAACAUCAGAUGCAUGGACUGACCGCGCUACGUGCCAUUGAAGUGCACGAACUGAUGGCUGCCGACUAUCCAGCAAUAUAUUCGGAAUAUCAACGAGCCGCUGCAGACAAAGUCAAGUUGCAAAUGGCCGAGCAACAGAAGCAACUUGAUGCGAUCAAAGUGGAUAAAAUCAAACUGCAAGAACUGCGAAGAAAUGCGAUCCGUAGUGCGGCAGAUUAUAACGCAGAAGUGAACGCGGUGAAGAGAGUGGAUCGGAGACAUUUCUGGGAUAUUCAAACAUCGAUUAUACAGUCUCCAAGGAAUCGUUGGCGACGAUAUAUUCCAGAGGCCACUCGUCCAGGACCUUAUCCGGUGGCACUGAUAAGUGGUCAAUACCAGCAUUAUUAUAAAAGGUACAGUGCCGAAGAACUACGUGGUCUACCAUUGACCACAGUACUCGACUAUGAGUACUUGCUGCCUCCGAAGAGAGGCAUAUCACCGCCACCCGUGAUCGUACAAGAUACUGAUCUCGCAACGACGCAGCAAAACGAUGGUGUUGGCAGCGAUCAACAGGACAAGAAUGGUGUAACAGCAACGAAUUCGAACGGUAAUGCUUCACAACAACAUUCAACUGGAAGAGUUCAAGAGACGAGCAAUAGUAGCGCGAUGAAUGGACAACGAUUGGUUUCGUUGGACAACGUGAAGAGUGAAAUACGUGACGAGAAGCCACAGAUAACGGAUAUUGUGAAUCAAGUGGCAGCAGCAGCUGCGAGAGAAUCAGCGAUGAGAAGGAAGGCAGACGAGAUGAUGUGUUCGAUUUGUGGGAUCAGCAACGAACAGCAAAUAUUGGCGUGCUCGAAUUGUCCAACGAAAGUGCAUCCGCAAUGUGCAAGUUUACCGGAACGAGUGGUGACUAUAGCGCUAGGAUAUAAAUGGAACUGUAUCGAGUGCAAGAAGUGUACGGUGUGCGAGAAACCGGAUAAUGAGGACGCGAUGAUGUUUUGCGAUCGAUGUGAUCGCGGAUAUCACACGUUCUGUGUGGGUUUAUCUUCACCUCCGACCGGCACAUGGGUCUGCACGAAUUUUUGUUCAUCGAAACUGGUCGAUGAACCGAUCGAGAGCGAUGCCGUUAAUGAUAGUUCCAUGACUGAAAAUGGCAACGAUCGAGAUAAUGGUCAUGUUACGAGCGAUAAGGAUAAUAAUGCGAACGACGUUGCGGAAAGUAGUGCUGAUAACGUAAACAGCACUGUGAGUAAUGAUAACGAAAGGAAAGGCAACGAUGAUGUAACCAAUGAAACCGGAGAGGAAUUGUCAAAAUGUGAAGAUGGAACAGUCAAGGAGAGUACUUUUCCUGCAGUGGCUGAUAGCGAUGAUGGUGUUAAGAGCACUGAUAAUGGAAAUGUUAAGGAUGGCGCGGAUUCUGCGUCGACAUUAGAUCAUUCGGGUAGAAAAGUUUCGACGUGCGACAUGAAACCGCCAUUAGUGAAUANUUUUUUUUGGAAUUGA